CUGACGUUGACGUGUGUUAACAAUCGCACAUAAAGCAUAAAAAGUUAGGCUCGCCUAGUUAAGCCUAGUUGAGGAUGAUGGGUUAACGCUUGAAGUGAGCGGAUCGAUCCAUAUAUUGAUAUUGUCGAUACAAAGGUAGUAUCUGAAGAAUGAUCCAUUUUCCAUCAUGGUCAACCAGGUUCAGCGAGGUGAGGGCAGCUGGCAGUCAUGCAAAAGUGAUUCCAGCGGGGCAGGAAACAGCGGUGGGGAGAGUUCCAAGGAAAGCUCUCGGUGUUCCACACCCGUGCUGGACGCAGAUCGUUCAGACAGACUGCGGGACAAGAUGAGGAGGAGGAUGGAGUCUGGGGACCACUGGUUCUCCCUUGAAUUCUUCCCUCCGAGGACGGCUAAUGGCGCUGUCAAUCUCAUAUCGAGAUUUGACCGUAUGGGUUCUGGUGGGCCGCUCUUCAUAGACAUUACCUGGCAUCCAGCUGGAGACCCGGGUUCAGACAAGGAAACAUCCUCCAUGAUGAUCGCCAGCACUGCAGUCAACUACUGCGGUCUGGAGAGCAUCCUCCACCUCACCUGCUGCAACCAGACCACAGAUAGGAUCACUGGCUACUUAGCCAAAGCAAAGCACCUGGGCCUAAAAAACAUCAUGGCUCUAAGAGGAGAUCCAGUCGGUACGGAUUGGGAGGAGGAAGAAGGGGGCUUCAACUACGCUACCGACCUUGUUAAACACAUCCGAUCAGAGUUUGAUGACUACUUUGACAUAUGUGUCGCAGGCUAUCCCACUGGCCACCCUGAGGCAGAAAGCUACGAGGAAGAUCUGCGACACCUGAAGGAGAAGGUGGAUGCAGGAGCAAACUUCGUCAUCACGCAACUCUUCUUCCGAGCAGAAACUUACCUGAAAUUUCUAGAUGAUUGUCGGGCUCUUGGGAUUACGUGUCCCAUUCUUCCCGGGAUCUUCCCUAUCCAGGGUUACCAGUCUCUGCGUCAGCUUGUCAAGUUGUCAAAACUGGAGGUGCCAGAAGAGAUCAUGAAAGUCAUUGAGCCCAUCAAAGACAAUGACGCCGCCAUUCGGAACUACGGAAUACAACAAGCAGUGGAGAUGUGCCAAGUGUUGCUGCAAAGCGGCAAAGUGCCCGGUUUGCAUUUCUACACUCUGAACAGAGAGGUUGCCACCAUGGAAGUCCUCAGACAGCUCGGCCUGUGGAUAGAGGACCCCAGACGGCCCCUUCCAUGGGCAGUGAGUGCACAUCCCAAGCGAAAGGUCGAGGAUGUGCGACCCAUCUUCUGGGCAUCCAGACCCAAGAGCUACAUCUACAGAACCCAGGAUUGGGACGAGUUCCCUAAUGGCAGAUGGGGCAACUCCUCAUCUCCGGCCUUUGGUGAAUUAAAUGACUACUACUUGUUCUACUUGAAGAGCAAGUCAUCCAAAGAUGCUCUGCUGCAGAUGUGGGGUGAGGAGCUGAAGAAUGAGCAAAGUGUCUAUGAGGUCUUCACCUGCUACAUCACUGCCCAGACAAACAUCAAUGGCCACAAGGUGAUGUGUUUGCCGUGGAAUGACGAGCCUCUGGCCCAAGAAACCAACCUACUGAAGGAUGAACUGGAGAAGGUGAACAGACGAGGCGUCCUCACCAUCAACUCCCAGCCCAACAUCAACGCCAAACCCUCCACGGACCCAAUAGUGGGCUGGGGACCCCCCGGCGGCUACGUCUUUCAGAAAGCUUAUCUGGAGUUCUUCACGUCCAGUGAGAAUGUGAAUGCCCUUCUUAAAGUUCUGAAAAAGUAUGAACCACGUGUCAACUACCACAUUGUUAAUGUGCACGGCCAUAACCUCACCAACGCUCCUGAUAUGCAACCUAAUGCUGUGACAUGGGGGAUAUUCCCAGGGAGGGAGAUUGUUCAGCCCACCAUAGUGGACCCGGUCAGCUUUAUGUUCUGGAAGGAUGAGGCAUUUGCCUUGUGGAUUGAGCAGUGGGCCAAACUGUAUGAAGACGAGUCACCUUCUCGAAUGAUCAUCAAAUACAUCCACGACAACUACUUUUUGGUCAAUCUAGUAGACAACGAUUUCCCACUAGAGAACUGCCUUUGGCAGGUGAUCGACGACAUGUUUGAACAGCUGGAUGCUUCUCCAGAGCCAGCACUCCUUGAAUCAGAAUAGUCUGAUUAAUUUUUUUUAAAUAUUGAAGGACAGGAAAAAGCACCCCUUAAACUAUUUGCAAAUGCUGCUAUUACAAGAAAAUGUUUGUCAGACUAUUUUUGUUGGAAUUUGAUCUUCUUGUACUGUUACUAUUUUAGAAAAGGGGGGGAAAUGAAGACAGCUUUCAUCUUUAAACAAAGUGAACUAUUUUUAUUUCAGCAACCUUUCCUCCAUGUUACUGCACCUGUGCCCUUGGCCUGUUUUUAUCCAACCGGAUAACAAAACCUGUGCUUUGUUUAGUUUUCCUCGAGUUUACAUUUGCUGAGAUAAGCGUUUUAAGUGCACAUUUUGAAAGGAUGGAUUUUUAAAUGGUAGCUAUACUUAAGUGUGUCGUCACGGGUGAGAACUUAGUACAAAACAAAGUAAGCAAAUAUUUUCCAAGUAUUUAUUUGUCUUGCCCAUUCUCCAAAUCCCAAUAAAUGUGUUUGUUUAA